AUGGCAAAAACCGUUACUGAAGUAGUCAAGAAACCGAAAAAGCUAGCAACUCAUCCACCAGUUAGCGAAAUGGUUGAGUCUGCAAUUAAAAGCAUGAAAGAACGCAAUGGAUCGUCUCUUUAUGCAAUCAAAAAGUAUAUCGACACCCAAUACAAGUGUGACGUAGUGAAACUAUCCCACUUCAUCAAACAAUCCUUGAAGACGGGUGUUCUGAAAGGAAAUUUGGUGCAGACCAAAGGAAUAGGUGCUUCUGGUUCCUUCAAAAUUAAGAAACAGCCCAAGAAACCAGCCAGCGAAAGGAAACCGUCAGCUGUUGCUGUCGUGAAGAAGUCGAAACUUACUACAGAAGGGAAAACAGCUACCAAAAAACCAGCGAGUGACAAAAUGGUUGUACGAGCUACAAAAUCUAAAGCAGCCCGAACAAUGAAAUCUGUUGACAAGAAGGCGAGGACAAAAGCAUCAGUCACCAAGUCUGCCACAAAGGACGAAACCGCGAAGAAGGCGACCAAACAGAAAUCAACCAAGACAUCAAAAUUCGUUGUGAAUAAACCCAAGACUCCCAAACCAAAGAAGGCGGUUCCGACCAAGAAAACCAUGGCGACGAAGAGCUUGGCCAAAAAAUAA